CCGCUGUUCUAGAGUUAGUUUGUUAUUUAGUGGAGGUAUGCUAGAUCGCGGGCGUUAUGACGAAGGAGCUACGCAGGAGUGAGGAGUGAUGGGCGAGUGAUGGUUGUCUGGUAGUUCAUGUGUUUGCCUUGUGUUCAACAAGACAUCAAAAUGGAAGAACUUCAACAACUCGAACAACUCUCUCUUGUGUCUAAGAUUUGCACUGAGCUGGAUAAUCACUUGGGCAUAAAUGAUAAGGAUCUUGGUGAGUUUUUUAAAAGUUUACGAUAUCUAUAGGUAUCACCACAUUAUGCAAGUUAUGCAAGUGUGGCUUUCUAGCAGGGACCUUGUCUAGGAGAAGAGAUUAGGGAUAAAAUUUGAGUGUUCACAGUGACAGAAAAAUUUUUACCAUUCAGUAAUUAUGCAUGUUGAGGGGCACAUUCGGGGGUACCCAAUACCGCAAUAUCGUACGAAAAAUUGGCAAAUACCGAUACCGCAUUUAUGAUCGGUGACGCUUACUUAACGUUGUAUCCAUCUCGCGUGUUUUUUUUAAUAUCUCAAGCAUGUAUACACCAGAAAUCAACCUCAACCCUCGCGAAAAAACGUGGGAAGAUCUCGCAUUGAUCGGUACAACGAUCGAAAAGCCAGGUCAUUAAAUGUCCUACCAAUUUCAUCAUAGAGUAACUGUCAGAAAUUGUGUACUCAUUUACCGUUAAGUCUUAAGUCUUCCAAAAUUAAUAUUGAUCUACAUUAGACACAGAGGCCAAAUGAACAGUACCGCAAUACUGUGAAGGAUCUUCUUUUACCGAUUACCGUUAGCCAGAAGGGUGCAAAACUGCAUUCUGCAGGGCUGGAUGAUUCCGCAAUACUGCACAUUAAAAUCAAAAUUACUAAAAUACUGCUUGAAAAAAUGCUCAACACCACAAUACCGUAAACCCCCAUGUCCCCCUCCAUGUUAUGUAACCACAUUAGCUUGCCAGUGAAUAUCGCCUUCCCAGAGUUACGUCAGAUCUACAGAUAGUUUGUAUUCUAAUAAAGUAGAGUAUAAAUACCAUCAAUUGACGUGAUACUACUCACUUUGACUCUGAAGUCGACUACCGCACAGUUUAUCGAAACAUCAGUCACUGUCAACAACAACAGUCCUAUUCAGGACAACGUUCACCCGGACGAUCAAACUCAACCUACUUUAGAAAUGAUUCCUGGGUUCAAACCUUUCCUAUAAAGUUGUUGUGUUGUCAUAAAAUCAACUCCAAAUUAUUCAGCUGCCACAAUGAAAUGCGCAUAACCCUCUCUGCAAUCAUUGUUUUAUGGAAAAAGGAAAAUUCCUUUCAAUCACUUUGCUGAAAUGAUCAAUCAAAGUAAAUAAUUUCGUUUCACUGGGUUUCAAUUUAAUGAAAAGUUCAUACCUGUAGGACAUUACUUCGCAACUUCCACUCCUUGUCGAUAUGGAUGGUUUUCACAAUGAUGUCAUUGUUGUAGAUAAUUUUUUGUCUCAGUUAAUUUUUGUUUUCUAACUAGUUAAUUUUUUCCAACUAGUUAGUUUUUUUCUAACUAGUUAGUUUUUUUCUAACUAGUUAGUUUUUUUCUAACUGGUUUAUUUUUUCUAUCAACUGUCUAAAAAGGGAUUUUCUUUUAUGGGGUGUGGUUAAAAAAUAGGGGCGUGGUUUUUUAGGGGGUAUAAAAACAAAUGAAAUAAACAUUGAAACAAUUGGGAGAUGUCUUUUGAUUACUUUCUCCAUUCCCCACUGAGUCCCAUUACUCCACUCACUACACCUCUAUUUUUUCUUUUUUCUUUUACUACAACAUUUGUACUUACCAAACCUUGAACUCUCACCUUCUAGACUGCACUCGCUGAAUCUCAAGGACUAUGUGAUCUCCUCUAUACCACAGAGGCUGUUGUUCCCAAUCACUCAAAAUUUCUAUUAAUUAUUUCUUAUUCGACCCAGUCCCACCCCAAGCCACAUUUAAUUUAUGAAAACAUUCGAGCACGCGCGUUGGCUAGAAAACAAGACUUGACACGAUGAAGGUUUUUCGAAAUCGCUAACAUUCGCUUCGAAAUGGAAGAUUGUGUUGAUGAAAAAACUUUCUACGAAAAGUUAGAAUCCUUAAAGCCCGGAGAAAGCAAAGUUACAGUUUAUAUCGACGACUCGUUUUAUGAAAAUGCGAAGAAUUAUCUGCAAACUCUUUCGAAAUUUCAACAAGGCAAAGAACAUGAAUCACAUGCCGAACUUUCCAAGCGUGAUAUCAGCACUAUAAAACGGAAAGGAUGGACUCUAAAGGGCGAAGAAAUUGUUAUCGCAAAUAACAAGGUCGUUGUACCGAAAAGUAAGCUGCACAAAGUUCUCUGUGAAUGUCACUCUUCGACUGCGCACCGCGGAAGAGACAAAACCAAUACUUACGUAAAAGGUAUUAAUUUUAUUCUGAAAUACCACAACAAGUUGUAUCUUUGUUUACACGUUUGUGUAAACUGCAUGCCCAACAGAAGAGCAUUACCAACCACAAGAAGCGACCGAUAACAAACCCAAUCAGUGCUGAAACGUUUAUGUCCCAUAUAGAAAUUGAUCUUAUCGACUUCCGAAACGUCAAAUGUUCGUGUACUAAUAGCCAUCAGUGGGUUCUACACGUAACUGACCACCACACCAAGUAUUCUUGGUUAUAUGCUUUGCACAAUAAAACGGCAGAUGAAGUGUUAGCAAAAUUAGAAGAGUUAUUUUGGCUUUUUGGAUUUCCGCAAACCCUGCACAGUGAUAAUGGUAAAGAGUUUAAAAACAAACUAAUGCAUGAAUUCUGCCAAAACCAUGGGAUUAAACAAGCACAUGGUGCAGCGAGAAAACCACAAACACAAGGCCUUGUGGAGAGAAAUAACAGGACUGUUAAAGAGAACUUAACAAACAUACUUAAAGGGAACCAAGCUGAUGUCACAACAUGGUGUUCAAGACUGGGAGAAGCAGCUUACAAGAAGAACAUUACCAUCCACAGAGCUGUCAAGGAAAUACCAUAUCGACUUGUUUUUGGAAUUGAUCCCAAAAAAGAAAAGAAGUUGAAUCCCACCCACGAAGAACAAGAAGAAGAUCAGCUGUCAGAGAUGGCAAAUACAAAUGUGCCAGUAAAACGAAAAACCCCACCCACUACUGAAUGUGAAAGCAGGAAAAGAACAAGAAUUGAAGUCAAUUCACGCCAAAUUGAGUACAAUGAAAAAAUGAAGAAGUCCAGGCAAAAGCCUCAAACCCUUAAUAUUGGAGAUUUUGUUAGCAUCAAAAUUGACCUAGUAGAUAAAACACCAUUUCAUCCGAAUGUGCUUAUGGGAGAAAUCAUUGCAUUUGAAAAUGAAUAUGCUAAAGUUGCUUGCAAAUUUGGAAUUAUUACCACCCUCAUUUCCCCAGCUAGAUUAGUUAAAUGCCAAGCAACAAAUAUCAAAAUAAGCAAGGAUAAGGAAAUCACAUUCACAAAAGCAUGCAAAAUGGCAAUAGAGCAGUAGAACAAUAAACUUUAUUUCACAGUUGUGUGUAAAUUUAAAUAUUUAUUGAUGUAUUUAAUGAUUGAUGCACAUCAACAUUGAAUGUACGCUGUAGACAGCUCAAUUAGAACGGAAAUGACAUCAUGUCAGUGUUGUAAUUAACACCAUGUAUAGUAGUAUAAUGCAGUAAAGCCAAUGUGACUUCUUAAGUUUCUCUGUGAUUACAAAUAUUAAAGGACAUUCAACAUGUUGUUAAAUAGAUUGUUAUUCAUCGUGGUAAAUGUGAUGAUAAUGUGAAUUAAUCCAUGGAGAUACUCAUUACAAACUCAAUUUUUAUGAAGGAGCUAACCCUAACCUUACCCAAAACUUAUAGUUAACCCUAACCCUUAAUGAAAGCCAACCCUAACCCUAACCCCAACCUCAACCCAAAACUUAUAGCUAACCCUAACCCUACUCAAACAAACAAAAAAAACCCUUGAGCAUUUACUUAAAAAAGGAAAUAACAGGUUUUAUAAAAAUAAUUUGUUGCAAAGACAAAAAUCAACCAGCCAAAAAAAAUGUAACUAGUUAAAUAAUUUUUUACCCAGUUAGAAAAAAAUAAACUAGCUAGAAAAAAACUAACUAGUUAGAAAAAAAUUAACUAGUUAGAAAACAAAAUUAACUGAGACAAAAAAUUAUCUACAACAUCAUCAAAUUGUAAAGUCAAAGUAGCGAGAUUUUACAAAUUCUUAUUUACACGAGGUUGAAGAUAAACAAAAAGUAAAUCUUUGUACAAGUUUCCAUUCCCGUAGCAUGUUUCCUUUAAAAAAUACAGCAAUUUGAACUUUCGAGUUUUCACAGUGCGUGACACCAAGAUAGGAAGGCUGUCUCUAUUUUCAGCAGUAUAACGAUUCCAAGUAUUAGAAGAUAUUUUUAUGCACACGUAUGCUAGUUCUCGAGUGAAAAGAAGGAGCUUUUAUAGAAAAAGUUUACUCCAGAUGUUUUUGUUGAUUUUCUACGGCCAUAUUGGGGCACCAAAACCGUGCACCAAUAUGGUGUCUCCAUACAAAGCUCUACAAAGGUGCGUGAAACGUUUCGGCAAAUAACUCAGAAACUGUGGGCCACAAAGACCUGAGACUUGGACAAAAUUUUAUUGUUUAAAAAUUAGUCUUUUCGAACAUUUCAUUUUUUUGGCUUCUUCCACUGGAUGGUUUCCAAUUUAUUUUUUUGUUGCAUGACAGUGAAUACGAUCUACAGUACCGUUCAAAAGUAAGUUGACACUCGAUUCUCAAUCCUCGCGAGAAUCGAGAAUCAAGUCGAGAAUCGAGACUCGAUUCUCGAUUGUUGCAUCUUGAUUCUCGAUUCCUGCGAGACUCAUCAAGCCGCAACGGUCUUUGUUUAUAAUCGAUUGAAAGGGUUUUGUUUCGAGUAAUUUACUCUCUACAUGUACUCUCGAUAAUUGGUUGCUAUGAGAAUCUACAACCUUUGUUCAAGUUUUGAGCAUCUUCUAAUUUCUCUUACGUCAAAAAAAAUCUUUCUACUCCAUAAAAUAACAAACUCUUCUCCGCAUCUGAUUCUUGGAGAAAUUCCUGAACUAUGCAAAUUAUAUAGUAGCGGUUGACAUUUGCAUUCUUUCAUACUGCUCGGGUGACACUUUGCGUUGAAAUCUUAAAAAUAUUCUAACGACACUUUGGAUCAUUUAAAUAGCAGAAAUUGUUAGUAAUAGUAAAUGUGAACGUUGAACUUGAAAAGCAGUUCAGGACUUUUUUAAAAAUCCAAAAUACAUGUAAAUGACAAGUACACGAUGGUGUGUAAAUGUUGCAGUUAAUUUUUAACUUCAGUUAAAUUUUGUUUUUCCUUUGUUUUAAAAUCAUUAGCAUACAUUACCAUACCCCAAAACAAUGGAAAAAUAAAAAUUAACUGAAAUAAAAAAUUAACUACAACAUAAACAAAGUCUCGCGGUGCUUCUUGUUGCUUUCGAGUUUUACUUGCCGAUAUUUUUUCGAUUGCCUGUUUGUGAAUGACCAUCGGCAUUAUUGCAGUUGAAUGUCUGAUUAUCGGUGUCUACAGUUUCAGGGUGUUUCUUUUCGCUGGAAACUUUACUUGUAAUUUGACCUCUUGACUAGAAUUGCUGUUUUUACGAUACACAGUAGCAUCUCCGUUUGCCCUCUGCUUUUCAUGAGACGUGAUUGCAGAAAUAAAAGUUUCGAUUUGAAUGUACUUGUAAAGUUUCAGAAAACUUCCGAAACGUCCAAGAGCUUUGAAAACCAUAUUUUGUCUCGUGCAAUAUGGUCUGCUUUUGAAAUAAGCAUCACGCGCAAUUUCUUGUCACAGUAGUUGCAGUCAUGUGCUAGGAGACAAAAAAGUUCACGCGUAUUAUGUUCCAUCACGGAAGAAACAAGCCCAAUGUUAAGAGAGAUUAUCUCAAAGACCUCAAACUUUAAAGAAGCUGAACACGCAAAAUUUCCUAGUAGAAUUGGAACCAUUGUUUUUCGAAUGCGGUUUCAGAGAUUAGUCAUGUUACAGACGGACGUGUAUGUUGCAGCUGAUCGUUAUCAAGCCAAGUGGCUGGAUAAGCGCAGAAUCCUUUGACGUUACAAAUUAAACAUGCUGUUGCUUGUACACGAAAACUGUUUGUUUGCAUAUGGAGUAGGCAUUUGAAACUUUACUUGAGGAAAUGAAGCUUGAUACAGAUUUCCUUGAAGAAACAUUCAUUUUAUAAUACGAAUUUGUCUCGUUUCGAGCAUACAGUUGCUUGCGCGAAUCGCGAAUAUACAUGUAACCAUGCCAUGUUGUGUUACAGCUUUUGUUUUCUGUCCUGCGAGACUCGAUCCUCGACUCAAUUCUCAAUAGCUUGUUUUCAAUUCUCGAUUCUCUAUUUGCGUAGGAAUUGAGAAUCGUGAAUUGAGUCAAGAAUCGAGACUCGCAACGGACUGUCAACUUACUUUUGAACGGUACUGUAUAGUUGCAGGUGAUUGUCAAAUAUGAUUCAGUGGCAAGACUUGUCGAGCCAUCUGUUGUUAAAGCUACAGCAACAGCCUCAGCAAAUUCACUUUUCAGUUCAGUUUUCUUUUGCUCGUAGAGUUCUAACAAUGCCUUAUCCGAGAGGUGCUGUCGUGAAGGUAUUGUAUACCUAGGCUCAAGAAUGUGAAUUAGGUUCUGAAAUCCCGAAUUUUUUACAGCACUGAAUGGGUGUAGAUCUUUGAUGAUAAAUUGCAGAAUUGCACCAAAAAUUGCUUUCGCACUGCUUGAAUUGUGUGGCAGUGUGGCAGCAAAUAAUGUUGGAAGAGCCUGCUGGCCUGAAUGAGUAGUUUGCUUUAUACAAGCUGUGGCAUCUGAGCAUUCUGAGGAUGUAGACUGCAGAUAUGUGCUGUGUUUUCUUCGCAGGUUAAUCAGUUAGGUUUGUUGUGUUUCCGCUAUAUUUCAAUAUCAUGCGGUCAGGGCACAACUUGCAUGCAACUCUGGUCUUAUCCACAAGCCUGUUUUUCUUUACAAAGCCAAGGUGUUGCCAUAUGCUCGCCUUUACUUUCUUGUUUGGCACUAUUUUCAAAAGACUCGCUCCUAUCUACCAUGUUUGUUACACAGCAACUGCCCUUUCAGCAAAUUCUCGUAGAGGGGGAUCAACAGAAUCCUUGAACUGCCAUUUUGAAUGCGGAGAAGAACCUGGGGACGAAUUUUGCAAAAAAAAAACUUGGGGAAGUUUAUUUCAGCAUCUGUGCAUGUAAAAUUGUUCCCAGACAGACCAGAAGCAACAGGAGAGGCAUUUAUUCCAUCAAGGAAAAUGCUAAGGGAGAUCAUUUAAAAACUAUCAAUAAUUAUGGAAACUGUCGCAAUUAUUAUCGAUUGUUAAACUUGCAGUCGAUGUAUUGUUAUCGCAACACUUACAAUCCCGAUGCAUUGAUAGUUCAAUGUAUCGUUACACCCUUAAAAUACAGCUCCACUAACUUCAAACAGCGUCACAGCAGAGAAAAAUGCUUUUGGUUCAUUCCUUCUCAAAAGUAAGUUACUCAUUGUUUGCGCAAUGAGAAUCACGUCGUGCAUGAGAAUCAUUGGAGUGGCAAUUUUUGGCGUAAAUUAUUGAUGACACAUCCAGCGAGAAACCAACCAAAAAUUUUGUGUAACAUUACUCAAAGACUGGGGAAAACUGGUGUUAGAUUUCGACUGGAUUUUUGGUUGUGCACCUAAAAAUUCAUGUGUAAUCGCACCUGUGGGCCGUAAAACCCAAAGCACAGUGCAACUGACUUACUUCCGGUACAUGUAUACUAACUAACUCGAACUAGAAAAACGGUGUAUGUUUAAUUGGUCUUUUCUCCCAAUGGAUUCUACAAACUUGAAUGCUCUUUUUCGUUUCUAUGUUUUACUCCAUCCCGGACUCUUCUGUUUUGUAAUAAACACCGCUGGCACAUGCAAAUAUAUGCUAUGAACGAAACACGUACUUUUUGCGCAAUGGACGAUCAUGUCGAACGUUCAGUUUUAAUGUCAAUCAAAGCAAAAACAGUGUUGAUUAAGAGCCUUUUUUUUUUCAGGUAAGAAAGUUUUUUAAGUCGUAUUCCAGUUACAUGCAAGCCAUUGCGCAUUUAACAAAUUCAUUAAAGAUUAAUUUUCAUUCGUGUUCGACACACUCAUUGUUGUCAGUUUUGAAUUGUUUUUCAAGUGUAAGUUUUCUUUAGUCACAACUGUACUGUCAAAAGGAGAAAUUAAUUUUAAAAAUCACAAGGGUAUUACUGCGUAGCAAAUCGGCUGUGUUUUAUCAAUCACAGGAGUGAAGUAAAAGUAACAAACUGAAGAUGACAAAUAAACGUGGCACUGUUAAGCUUUUUACUUUUUCUUUUGAAAUAGAUGCUCCCAACAUUAUAAGCUGUGCUCCUAAAAUUUUCAGCUGUGCACCUAAAAUCUCGGCAGUGCGCCUAAAAAUUUACAUCUGGUAGCGCAAGUGCUCCCAAACUCAAAUUUAAACUUUGAGCCCUGAUGAUACUUACAGUUUUUAGGCCAUUGUUUGCUAUAAGAAUCACGUGGCACACUACAGGAAUUCCAUAACGCGGGACAUGAUCGACGCUUCUCACAAGAGGGUGGUAACUUACUUUUGAGCGGUGUACUGUAUAAUAAUUUUAGUGCAGCAAUAUUAUUAUUCUAUCGCUGCAUGGCGCAGUGGUCAACGAUCUAACUCCACUGAUAGGAGAUUUGGAGGGAGCAGGUUCCAAUCCCAAUGAAGUCAUACUUUUAAACUGUGUACAUUUUUUUGCCUUUUUAGUUUUUUGAUCAUUUUUUUUUCCCUUUGGCUUGUUUCCCUUUAUUCUCACCACUUAUCCUUUAAAGCUUCGAGUAUAAUUUUUGCAAUAAUGUAUUUCUGGUUUCUUACUUAAUGAUUCGUGUACAUGGGGGUUAGCAUUGAAAUAAAUAUAAUAGGCAGAAAUCCACUUAUUCUGCCAAAUUAUAUCAUUCUUUCUGUCUGGAUCACCGUUACUGUCUCCAAAGUAAAAUAAUUGAUUUAUUUUUUUAUGUCCAGUCCUUUUAAAUAUAUCUGAAUCGAUGAGAUUUUAUAAAAGUACCUAAGUAUGUAUUUUCCAACUGCUAGCAUUCCUUUAAUAUCCUCUUUGUUUUGCUGCCACUUUGACUAAUAACUUUUUUGUUUGAUUUUAUUUUUAAUGUUAUUUCGAGGUUAGCCCUCUUGAUGAGUUUUUUUUUUACUCUUAGGGCAAACUUCGUCAAUAAAAUGUGCAUAAAAUAAAAUAAUUUUAAUAAAUGAAAAAAAACAUGAAUCUUACACAGGGAGGGCUCAAACACUAUGAAUAGCAGGGAGUUACAUUGUACAACUUACACUUAAUUUCAGUUUACCUGCCAAGAUUUUGAUGUCACACGAUGAAUCUUUUUGUUAAACCAAAGUUUCAUCUACAUUUUUCUCUGACAUACCACUAAAGGGGGCCGCAUAACACACCUGAAAAAAAUUAUUAAUAAUAAAUGAUUGAUUUAGUUUGGAAAUACAUCUGAAACUUGCUUUUUCCAGAAAACACAAAUUACCAUUGGCUGAACAAUGACUUUCCUGUCAUCACCUUGUCAUUAAGGACCUUAAGAUCCGAGGACUGCAACGGCAGAGAAAACGUCGCUGAAAAAGUGAAUUCGCGUCCUUUCAAUCUUCAUCGCAAUUACUCCAAGUAACUAACUUUGUCAAAUGUAGGUGAACCCUCCUAAAGUUGAAUUCCUAAGAAUCACAUCCAAGUUGAGAAAGAGAGAGGAAAUUUCGUUGUCACUUGUGUACUUCCUCUGUACAUCGUGAAAUUAGGCAUUUUCACGUCGUAGUCGUACAGUGACGGCAAAGAAAUGUACAAAAAAGCAUGAUGCACGUGCAAAAUUGUUGUGGCGUUCCCGUUGCCGUCGCCUUCAUCGGAUCUUAAGGUCCCUAAUGUCUUGACUCACGCUUACAGUGUUUGUAUUUGGACACCACUAACUUGUCACAAACUGAGUGAACUUGAAAGUCGCAUUUUUGAUACACUCUGUCUUGGAAUUUGUACUUACAUGUAUACUUUCUUGUCCUGGAUUGGGCUGUCCUUAAAAAGCUUAUCCAAUGGUUGUUUGGUGCCACUUUUAAAGGACUAACUGAAAAAACAAAGAAGGUCUGUGGGCAGGCUAUUCAUACUGUUGAACUGCCUUUUUUAAGUGAUGUUUUAUUUUGUUAUUUUCAGCGGAAUUUAUAAUUAUGUUGGGGGAGAAAAACCCUUCUUUGGAUAAGUUCCAAGCAGCCUUGGCGGAAAGUGGUGCAGAAUUUCCAGUAAGCAAUUGAGAACAUUGUUAAAUGCUUCUUUUAAGUAGCUGUAUUUUUCAUAAUAAGAUAUCUUUUAUUAAUUUUUUUCAGAGUGUUUCAUCACAAGAUCAUAUACUGCAGAGAGGUUGAAAAUACAAUGUGCAGCAGCGUAUUUUUGACAAACUUUGAAGUGUUUGAUAUCGUGUUAAAACGACUGUGUUAAAUGUUGUUUCUCAAUUAAAUUGUUUUAGAAAGAGAAAUACUUUUAGGAUGGAAAAAGAGGAGGUUUUGAUCUGUUUUCCAAGCACUGUGUGUAUAGCUUUACAAAUUUGUGUAUGCAUCUUGAGUCCAGUCUGUUCAGGGAACUAAUCACAACACUACAUAAUGGAAUUAAGUUUCAUCAGUUGAAACAAUCCUGAGUCAUGUAAAAUACACAUGUAAAUUUCACCACCUCAGUUGGAAUAAUUAUGGAAAAGCAUGGUGAUGUUUGUUUUUGUCAACUGGACCAGAACACGCAAUUCCUUUCUUUGUUGAUGUGGAUACCGUAAAAUUCCGAAAAUAAGCCCCAGGGCUUAUAUUUUUCAAAGGCCCUUUCUGGGGGGCUUAUUUUUGGAGGGGCUUAUCUAUGGAGAAAAAUUUGGGUCUCAAAAUCGAUUGGGCUAGCCUUAUAGCUGGAGGUAAAUUUACCAUUUUUGCUUUGUUUUACUUUGUAUUUGAUGGCAAUUUUCCAAGUACAAGUCCCCGGGGGGCUUAUAUUUGGAGGGGCGAUUUAGCGGAGGGUUUUUUAUGUUACUGGUUUGGGGGGCUUAUAUUUGGGGGGGCUUACACAUGGAGGGGCUUAUUUUUGGAAUUUUACAGUAUUCUGCCUCUGUCAUUUCUAUAUUAUGAGUAUGUUUCCAACCUAAUGCAUGAUAUCAAUAAUAAUAACACUCCUCUAAAUAUCUUGAAAUUAUUUCAAAAAACCCCCAGCAUACAUACAGCUUUACGCACAAUAUGCGAAUAUCCACCUCCGUGAAUUUUUACGUUCAAAGCACUAGAUUAGAGAUACAUAAGCGUUAUUUUUCCAGAUUUGGCGUAAAACUGUGAAAUAAGAUACUGUGUAGAUUGUAAAAUCUACCCAAGAAGGAAUUUAAAAGAGAAAUUUACUGACUUCUCCUAGAUAUUGCAGGAAAAGAAAAUGACUAUAUAGAAACACCGAUUAUCACACAAAAACUUGAUCUGGCUAAAUAAUUAUGAUUAUUUAUUUUUUCUUAAAAGUUUCAAUUGAUUUUUCUCUUAUCAUUUCCUUAGUAAUUUAGAUUUAUUUAUGUAAUAACAUUUAUUUUAAAAGUUAAACCCUAACCCUCAGCUGUUCUUCUGUCCCACCUAGACUAGCUUUUGUUACCUGCAGGACAGUGUAAUUAAUUAAUUUAAUUCUUUCAAUAAAGUUAUGUUGUUGUUGGUAAUGUAAUGUUAUAUCUAGAAAUAUUGAAUGUAAUGAUUUUGUUUUCUUAGGAGUCUUUUACAUCAAACUUAUUGAGACUCAUUCAGAAGAUGAAACCUAAGCUAGAAACUGCUAAUGAUCAAGCAGGUAUGAAAUUAAGUCAUAGAAUUUUGAAAUUGUAUUUUACAUGUAUCACAUACAAGAUAAUUAUGUCCAGGUUUGCAGAAAAAGGGGAAAUUGGAAAUUUUGUCAGGUCAGUGAAAAAUAGUAAAAAAAGAGGUUGGAAUGGCCCCAACUAAAUCUGUGAUUUUUGCCCAAUUUGCAAAAUUUGUGAAAAUUGUAAACUUUGCAAAAAAUUGGAAAAUUUGCUGAAACAGCAAGCAAGCAGUAGUUUCUCUCUUCAAGUAUGGCUUUUAGCAUUACAAAGUCGUUUGCAUCUCUUGUUGGUCACGUAUAAACAAACCAAUUACUCUACACUGACAAGUACAUGUAACACAAACGACUUUGUAAAUGCUGAAAGCCAUACCAGCAAGAGAGAAACCUCAGCUUGCAGGGUAAAGAGGAGGUUAAGAGGGUCCUGACUAAAUCUUCAAUUCAUGCGAAAAUUGUAAGAUUUGUGAAAAAUUGGACAAAAACUGGAAAAUUUGCUGGAUCAACCAAACUGCAAUUUUCUGUGGAAACUGCGAAAUUUCCAGCGAAAGAAAAUUGGAAAAUUCCCUGAAAUUACAAAAGAUAAAAAAUUUGAUUUGAGGCUGAGAGUUCCCAGACUAAAACUCCGAUAUUUGCAGAGUUGAUGAAAAUUAUCAGAAGACAGGGUUGAGAAAUCUUCAGUAAAAACUGUGAUAUGCAAGAACAACCAAAGAUGUGAUGUCUGCUAAAAAUUGCAAUAUUUGCAUGAACCCUUUUUGAAACCCCAUUUAUGAAUCAUUUAGGAAUCUACCAUGAAAAGAAAAUAUUCUUGACAGAGCCCCUUUGCUAAGAGAAAUUGGAAACCUAUUGAUGCAAGAAAAUUUGGUUAUGAUGUACAUGCAUUGUACACCCGCCGAUGUCAAAUGUCGCAUUGCACAAUUAUUGACAGUAGCCUGUGAGUUAUAUAAGUCAGCCAUAUUCUCCAUUUUCCCAUAGACCAUAAUGCUCCUUGUUUACCCCCCAAAAUUUUGCAUAACCAUUGUCGUCAAUUUCUGUUAGGAUGACUGUAAUACCCAGGAGAAGUUGGAAACAAUGGUUAUGAAACAUUUUGGGGGUAAACGAGAUGUAUUAUGGUCUAUGUGAAAAUGGCAAAUGAAGAUGAAUUAACAGCUGUCAAAAUCAGGCAUCUGCUAAAUAUCACAUCACCAUCUUGUGGGCUCAGAUGAAAGACCAGUCGUUUUGCUCCUACAUGUAAGGGGGUGUAAUAUGUCACAAAUGUGUACGUAAGUCAAGUUAUGCGCAAGCCAAUUCAAGCUCAAUUAACAACUGUCAAAAUGGGACAUCCGUAGACCACUAUCACAAAACGGACACGUAAACCCGAAAAAACCAACUAAUGGAGAAAUAGGGACCGUGUAACCCCAACCUAUGCUAUGGCAUCGCCUUUGAAACUAAUAAAAUAAAGCCUGAUAACAUGAAUACGAGCAGAAAACGAGAUGCUACAUAAAAUAGCUAAGAAACAUAGGGGCCAGUACUUACAGAUGGGAGCGAAAUUAAGGCUAACAGAAUAAGUGAAAACUAAACUAAACAAAGCAAGUUGACGCGGCGAAGCCGACCGCAGAAUGACACGCAUAACUAAAUGCUCACUAUAUCAAACCCCCUAACCGCGAUCCCUCGCGCGCUACACUAGAACCCAGUACUCCGUUCCUUGCCCGCAAAAUACUAAUUUAUGUCAAUUCUAAUUUACACAAAUUAGAUUAUGUAAACUUGUAAGAACAUCUACUGGGUGCUUGUUUGCAGUUUUCAGAGGGUUUAGAAUUUUGCGCUGUACGUUUUGCUAAAACUUUUUUGAGAGGAUACUUAAAUAAAGUUACACUUGACCGGUUCAUGUGCUUUGCGAAAAUCUAUGAAUAUAUUUUCGCCUGUAUUGUAUCACAACACUCCCAAUCUGGGGAAAAAACCGAGAAAACAACAUUUAAACAUGCUCUCCGCUUAUUUUAAUAGGUAGUGUAGUAAGAAUAGAAUAAAUCGAGAUGGCAAUUUUGUUAAAACAGUAUGUUUUGAUCCUGGAAGAAACGGACAAAUAACGCAAAAUGCGCAGUUUUGGGAUCAAAACUAUUUUUUUAGUCGAGCUUGCUUGAGGAAAGCGAGACUCUUAAAAUGCAGUCCUUUUUUUUUUUCGGUGGGACCUAGUUUGUAGGCUACGCGUUCCUAGCGAAGACCGUGGAAACUGGGGAUAAGAAUCAUGACGACUUUUCAUUGUAUGGAAAUGAGUUUCGUGAUGAGAAUGCAGUUUAUUUCGGCGAUGACUUAAAUGACGCAUGUAAGUUGGCAAUGACGUAAUUUUCCUCGAAUGGUGGCCGUUGAUUUUCGUGUAAUUAUGCACGACAUGCAGGCACAUCCCCAAGCAGGAUGAGAAAAUAUUAUAGCGGGGAAAUCCUCAGGAUUUUGUGGCUUUUUAAGGCGUUACGUUUCUCAGAAUAUUGUCGCAAUUACAGGAAAUGUACGGUUAAAUAGAUUCACUUUGUUUUAUGUAUUUAAUUGAUAGAUUUUCGCAGUUGUUACGAUGUGAAGUCGUGUUGCACUUCAUAAAUACUUGAGAUAUGAAGUAUCCACUGUCAGGUAAUUUUUAUGUGCACACGUGCGUAAAAUUUAUGUUCGCAAAUAAAAUAAAGGCAAUGUAUGAAAGGCUGCACGUACAAUUAUGUAAGCGUAAAAGUAGAAACUCGCUUAAUUUGACGUUUAAUCUCAAUACUUUAUGUCUUACCUCUAUUUGAUUUACGCGAUUAAAAUUUACGUGCGUUAACGUGCGGAGCCAAAAACGCAUCAGUGGAAAUCCACCCUAACGUGUCACGGCACAGGUAGCCCAAGCUCACUAUGAGAGCCCUGAACAACAUUAUCCUACUUAGCUAAUUAAUUAUUCAUACAGCUAGAAAAUUAUAAGACGUUGUAUGGAGAAAUAUUCUUUGCUCACUAAAUUAGCAAAAUGUACAUUGAAUAUCGCUUUGAAGCUUACCUUUAGCGUCUUCUUGUUUUUCUUUGUAUUCUGACUGCAUUUCAGACCUCCUAGGCACUUUUUAAGGCCUUUUUUUGGAGCGACAGUUUUUCACCCAAAUGACAGUAGAGCGAAAAACUGUCGCUCCAAAAAAGGCCUUAAACAGUGCCUAGGAGGUCUGAAAUGCAGUCAUUAAUCUUAAUGAGCAAAACUUCAAGGUUUACUGGAAAAUCAGGAUCGAGGAUCGAGGAUCGAGAAAUCAGGGAUCAAGGAUCGGUUAAAAAGAACUUGAAAAUAAAAUAAAUAAAUAAAUCGUGGAUCAGUGAUGAUGUGGGCCGCAGACUGUAGAUAAAUUUCACAGAACAUAACUCCGUUCGCUGUACUGAACGCUAAAUUCAAGUAAACUAAUCCGAGUCUGUCUGAGUCAGUGAUUGUUUUGACGAGAAAGUGAAAUUUUCCGGGAAAAUGAAACGCUUUAUCCUGGUGAUACUGUAAUACAAGAAAAAGCUUUUAACAGUUUUUAAUUUUUAGGUGUACAUUUGCUUUCAGUACUCCUUAUUUUUCUUGUAAUUGUUGUAUACACGACCCCACCAGCAAUGCUGAUCUUGUUAUCGUGCCAUAAACUAAGGUUCUUACCUACCCACCUACCUACCUAUCUAUCUAUCCAUCUAUCUAUCUAUCUAUCUAAAAUGCAUGCUGUGUACAACUCUAAACAUUGUACUCUGCGACUACGGAGAUAUUAAAAGUAGAUACUAAGCAGCUAUGGAAAAUGUCAUUACUUUCAUGCGAUAUUGAUAUCUUAUAAAACGGACAACAAAUUCAGCAGGAAUACGCGCCAACUGAAUUAACUGUGUGUUGUAUAAGGUUCUGUUCAACUUACACUUUUUUCCUGUGCUGAACAUAUACUGUACCGAGCAGUAUCUUGGUCCGGUACAAAGAAGCUAUGUAUAUUUAUACUGACAGAGUCAUGGGCCCCUGAUACCGAUAAAAAUCAUCGUUCAAUUUUUCGAGUGUACAAUCCCUGAAAGAGUACUCCUCAAUGGAGCAAUAUCAAUAUGUAGAAGGUUUUCAAAGGUUUCACACCGGUUUGAGGCUAAGAUGUGCAGCUUGUCUCCCAUUUCAAUUUUUACUUUUUGAGUAUAUACAUUAUGACAUACAACACUCGUUUUGUAUUCCAAACGAAAAAGUAGUAUAACGGCACCGGGGCCUUCGACAUUAAAACUCAUCUCCAAGCAAGCGAGACUCAACGCUACUAAGAGCGUUCUUGUUUAAAUUUGUGUUUGCGUGAUCGCCAUGUGCAACUAUGCAAACUUGAUGUAAACAUAGCGCACAAAUGUUGCUUCAAAUAAUUUAUUGUAGUUUUGCCUCCAAUAAUUAACAUUUCAUUCAACUGUUUUGCCAUUCGUUUGAACAAUAUUUUAGCCUGUAUUUGAUUUCUAUUCCAAACCCAAUAAUAUGCAAUAAUAUUAUACGACGAUCAAUUCAAAACUUUAAUUGUUCACAACCUGUAGAUUUCCCCCCUCCCACCCAACAAGGGGGGCUGUUAAAGUUUUGCAUGGGUUCAGUAUACCAGAAGGCAUUAAGCUCGAUUGGAGACUCUAUUCAUUUCAGAUGUUUUUGCGGGAUAUUUUAUCCUUAAUCAACUGAAACCCUUACUCAAAUGGUAAAUGAAAGGCCCCAAAUGUUAAGUAGGGAUUUGAAUAUUUCUUUGUCAUGGCUUAAAGUUAAAAGUUUUUUGCUUUUAUUAGAAGUAUAUAAACGGAAGCUACGCUUUUAGCCCUGGCUAAAUCUAUGUAUUAGUGUUUGGUAAAUAAAUAAAUAGAUAAAUAAAUAAUUAUAAAUAACAAUGACUAAAUAAAUAUUGUGACACUCAAAAUCCAUGUGUUACAUAGUCAUGUGCUGUUGUGAUUACCAUGAAGACGAGUCCAUGAUAGCUACAAGAACAUUAAUUUCCAACAUACUACUACUACUAAGUCGGCCACAGCCAAACCUUGACAAGAUUAUUCCAAACUCUUCGAUCGUACAUCAGUGCCUCUAACUCCUGACUGGAGUCUACAUCAGCGUCUCACUUUACGUUAUCAACUUAUGUUGAUUUUGGUUGUCCUCUACUUCUAUGGCCGUGGGUUGGCUCCCAAAGGGUGAUUUUGUGUGCUGGGAGGUAGUGAUGCCUUUAACAGAGCCUAUCCUCCUUGCUCCUACUUUAUCUCUAACUCUCGGCAAAUCUCCAUAAAGAUCUUCCUUGGAGGUGUGGUUUGUCAGGAAACAUUCAAGACCACCUGCAACAUGCGAGUGUAGCAACCAUUUAUUGACUUGGUAAGGGUAGGGGCUAGGGUCCAGGUUUCACCCCUAUGAAGAAGAACAGAUUCUACAGUGGCUUUGAAGAAUGACAGUUUUACGCCCCUGGACUUAUUAGAUUUCCAGAUCUUCAUGUCGUUCAGCACCUUCGAGGCCUUGCCCUUUCUUGCUUUUUUGUUAUUCUCUGUACUAUCUUCCAUAGUUUUGAGUAGAGUAUCAAAACUCGACUUGUACUCGAUAACUUCCGUCUUUUUUGGGUUAAGCUGCUGGCCAGCUUUCUCAGACUCAGACUCUGUUAGUGUGAGUGGUUUCUGUACCUGAUCAACCCCAUUAGACAAAAGUGCAAUGUCAUUGGCAAAGUCAAGGUCGGUUUCAGUGAUUGCAGGAUUCCGUCGAGAUUUUCUCUGGGUGAUCGUAAAUCCAAGUUCUUCCUCUCUACCACUAAACCUUUUUACACAAUUUCCGCAAAUUUGAAAAAAAUCCACAACUGCCUUUCGACUUUAGUGA